CAAGCAGGCAGCCAAGCUUGGCCGUUUUCAAACAGUGUGCUGAAAAAAUUGGUGCGGACUGAGAGGUACAGACUGUCAGCUAGCGGCAGCAGACAUGGGCCAGAAAGGUUCCUCCGAACAGAGGGAUGGCAGCAAGACGAGAGAAGAUAGUUCUGCAGCAGACGACAACCACAAGUGCAGAGUGUGCCGCUUUCCUCUGCUCGUGGCCUUGUCGCAGCUGCUCUUGGGGGUAGCCGUCACUGUGGUGGCCUUCCUCAUGCUGGCCAUCAGCCCUUCACUGUUGGCCAGAGAGACGCCACACUGGGCUGGGAUCUUUAUGUGUGUGGUUGCCAUUGUGGGAUUCAUCCUGUACUGUGUCACCUACCGCCCAGAUGAGCGUUCAACUGUGCAGUUCAUUGUCAAGCUCCUGUACUUCGUGUUCAGUACAAUUGGCCUGGUCAUAUCCGUGUUGGUUGUGGCUUUCGCUGGAUACCACCACGCGCAGACCAGCAGCUUCAGUUGUCUGACCUCCGCAGAGGCCUGCGUGUGCACGUUGGACCCCCGCGACCCAAUUGCUCGCACUUUUACUUAUGAAGGUGUCAGCGACUGUCAGGAGAUUACAGAGACACUUGUACUCUACCAUAUGCUCCAGAUUGUGCUCAACCUGGCUCAGGCCUUCUUCUGUGCUGUGGCUACCUUCAUCAUGUGGAAGCACCGCUACCAAGUCUUCUUCUCUGGUCUUCAAAUCGGAUCCCUACAGCGGUGGAACAAGAUUUAAAAGGAUGACAGAUCCUGAAGUACAUGCAAACUUUGUGGCAAUUGAGUUUUAUAUAAAUCCAUUUUGUACCACUUUUGUAUGCUGCAACUGCAAGACUGUUAUUUUGUGUCAUACAAUUAGAGAGGCAAACGUGCAUUCUGUAACAGAUCUUAAGCCCAUUAUUACAUCACAAGAUGAACGUAUAUGCUUUAAAUGUGUUUGUGUUAUAAAGCAUAACACAAAUUCAAAAACGUGUGUGAUGUGUUACACCUUGUGGGAUAAUCAUUUUGGUUAUUACUUCCUUAGGUUUUCUCUUCAAGCCUAAGCAAAAGCAUUGGAUCAAAAUCAGUUUUUUGCUUACUGUUAUGCAGUCACUUGCAUGGUUUUCAUUGGUUGUUUGCAGCAUUAUAAUCAUAAGCGUUUGUGACAAGGGCGUAGGUUUGCAUAGGGACGGUAGGGACAUAACACUACCAACUUUUCAGGAUGCUCAAAUUGUCCCAAGCAACCUUAUAUGCAUUACAUAAUGAGUUCAGCUAUAUAAGUAUUUCAGAUUGUCUUCCCAUACGUUGUAAGGAGAUAAUUGACCCUAUCGUUAUUAAGUAAAUUCUUUUCAUUAUUUUCAAACCGGUCCAUUUUUUCCCCCUCAAAAGCACGUUUUCUCGGCUGAUGAAUUGACCCACUCCAACCCCACACACGCAUGCUCACACAGCGCUUACCGAAAUACAUGUCGACAACAUGCAGCCUCCUCCGCCCCCUUCGAAAAGGAGGAAUAUUAGUUUUUUUGGGGCCAGCAGCAGCCACUGUAAGUAAUUUAGUAAGACACCAAUGUUAUGGAGGUGGGAAACACCACUAAUUUUGCUACUGAAAGUCCGACCUGCAUUAGCGUUAGCAUAACAUUUAGCUGUGUGAGUUUAAUAACCUGCAAAACUCAAGUAGGAAGCUACUUAGCGAGAAGUGUCCUUCUGUUUGUCUUUUCUACUGUUAACGUUAAUUGAACAGUGAAAAAUGUAGUGAACUCUGCUGGAAACUAUAGAACUACAAAAACAUUAGCAAGAAGCUGCUUAGAGAGGGGUGCUGCAUAACUUCAUAUGUUGCCCACACAAAACAGCACACAACAUAAACCAGAUAUACUGUAUAUACCCCCAAUUUGGCCAAAUUUCAAAAUUGUCCGAUAUGCACGUGUGGUACAUCACUGGAAAGCUUAAAAUCUAAUUUUCUGGGGGAAGAAAAAUUUUGAACAGGGGGGCUUUCUCAAAAAAAAAAAAAAAAAAAAAAAAGAAAAACACAUUUUUUAAACAGCAAAACCCUAACUGGAGGUGAGAGCACGCGAGAACAGAAUUAAAGACGCCAUGAUUUUAACGAGAUAUUAUCGCGUACUUACCUUGUUUCGAUCCAAAAACUCCCUGUAGCAUGUAUCAUCGAGUGUCAAGACUCAGAUGUGAAUGGCCACAGCCGGAUUUUUGGGCGAUUUUAUGGGUGAAACAUGGUGAUAUAACAAGGGUCGCGAUGCAGAAAUCGCAGACCUCAAGGAGUGGUCGAGACGUUGUUUUUCAUACAUUUACAAAUGUUUUUUUCCCAAUUUUUCUGUGUUUGGAUCGAUUAUUUAUCAUCUAACAUAUCGGUGAAAAUGUGACAGUAACAAAAAAAAUAAAAUUAAGCCAUAAUUAUGAGGUAGAUAUCCGUGACUUAUUUACUGACACCAUUUUUUUCAUUGUGAUGUAAUUUGUUUAAAAGUUUAAAAUAUGCGGGUGAAUAAUUUUUUACAGUGUUUUUUUUUUUUUUUAAGAAAUAUUAGACAUCAAUUAUUGAUUUUAAGCUAAAAAAAGACAGACAUUUGGCUAAGAAAUGUAAUUACUUACUUUCUUUUUAUGGCUGGGUUGAAACAAAAGCGGUUGCGCGUGUCUGUAAACGGGGGUUUCCAGGGUAAAACGGACAAAUUAAAAAGUUUGGAGCUUAAUGCGCCAUGAAUCUGCUAUUGCAGUAUAUAGACAUAUUGUUCUAUCAAACACAACAGUUCUUUUGGCUUAAAAUACAGCAGUUUAUUCUAAAGAGGGGUGCAAGUGCAGAAACUGCUUUUUCAGUCUUGUCCGUGUUUUCUGCCAUAUGUAUUUGUUUGUUUGUUUGUUUGGAUGCUGUGAGUUACCCACACUAGUGUUGCGACCAGAGGUUGCGCUAGACAUUUUCGUUGUCUGUCAUUUUGACUGACAGGGUCAUAAAAAUCCAGUCAUAAUCUAUUUUUACCAGUCACUUAAAUUUUUGAAAUGAUAAUGAUGACAUAUUCAAUAGUAUUUAGUUUUCAUUCAUUUUUAAUUAAUAUUGUAACGCUUGUUUGGCGGAGAAAAAUUAGACACGGAAGUUGUAUUUUUCUCCCUCUUUUUACUCUGCUUACCGCCAACAACACCAACAAAACAACUCCACUCCCAAAGAAAAAGAGGCAACUAUAUAGACCCCAAUCACCAACGUCACACAAUGAUCUUAAUUGUGGUUGUCAGCCCAAAAUCUUCUAAAUAUAUAUUAAAUGCAUCUUACCAGAUAUAAAAUGACUACUACAUAGUCUGUGGAUCGUUUGGUGCCCAGAUUUCUUGUCGAAUUACAGCAGUCCAUCUCGCUCUCCUCUUCGGGUCUCUCAGAAUACGGUAGAACUUCAAGUCUCUCCGUCUAUCUUCUCUGUUACUGCAACCAACCGCCACACACGCCUUCGCCAUUUUGAUUAUUAAUGUUAACGAGCAGAAAAACACGCCGUAAUAGGAGGCAUGUACGUAGCGGUAAUGUGUAAACACAACGAGCUGACGGACAAUAUGGCUGCUCCAGUCAGGGGGCGGAGUUGUGACGUCAUGUGAUUGGGGUCUAUAGACAAGUUUCCUGAGCGAAAUACGGGCGCUGCCAUCUUGGAAAAUGUCUGCUUCGCACUUCCGGUCCGGUCGAGUAGCAGUGUAUUAGCAGUGUAUUGACGACGAUAAAACUACGAAAUCAAGCCAGAGAAACCCAUGGAAUCUUCAAAAAUUGAUUCAGCACGACCUAGAUGACACGUAGAUGAGAUUGGAUGGCAGUUCGUGUCACUUCGUUGAUCAUUCGUGGACAAAAUUAUUAACAACGGUCAGCCUGUGUUAACGUGAGGAAUGGAUUGAUACUACGGCCAUUAGUGACCAAAAUGUGGUGAAAUUACAAGUUAUAUUACAUUUGCCGACUGCAGAAGGGCUGACAUGGAUUGUUUUGUUACAAGGAAAUGCUACAAGGUUAUGUACAUAUGAUGUAAACACAAAUAGUAUGUCAUUCUUUUUUUUAUUGCAGGCAUUGAUCGCAAUAAAACAUUUAGACAUGAUUCAAUUUCUUGUUUUAUUUAAAACGAUUGGUGCACUCCAAAACAGGUCAAUAAUUAUAAAAGUAUUGCAAAAAUAGCAUACAAGAAUGUGAUAUCAGACCGCAGAGCUCCGGAGCCUCGUGAACAAACAGCGACAUCACGGAGGCCCUCGGCGGCAUUUAGAUGUGCUUUUUUCCCAUCCUCGGUAAUUCCAGCUCCAAUAGCAUAUAUUUAAAGACGCUACCGUUCACAAGUUCGUAGUUGGAUCACGGCGAUCUCGGCGAACCACCGUCUGUCACAAUUCCUACCUCUCUCGGCCUCUCCCGGGAGUCGAGCUGUCAUCAUCAUUGUGGAACGCAAACUAUAUAUGUUCGAU